AUGGCACGUGUCACCUUUUGCCUUGCGGUUGUAUUGAUCGCAUCCUCAGCUUCAGUGUUUUCGCAUGUGGGGAAGGCAAGAGCAUCGGAAACUCAGACGAAUGAGGCUGACGACAAACUUAGCAGAGCAGCUGCUGAUGUAUUGUGUGCUAUGACAGUCCUCACCAAAAACAUAGUGAACCCACUGGCGGAUCGCCUUGUAGAACUGGCGGCCGAAGAUACGGCGAAUAUCACUCGAGAUGCUGAGUUGGUGGAUGCGUACGUUGAUGAUAUUGAUGGCAUGCUGGGGAAAGACUCUGAUGACCCUGAUGGAACGAAGAAGCGCAUAAAAGAGUUGUGUGAUGGAGCCAAGACGAAAAUCAAAGACAUGCCCGAAAACGCCACAACUAGGGAAGCUUCGAUAAAGGAAAAGGCUGUUAAAGCGAAGGAGUCGGGAAAAAAGACACUCGAAGGCACGGAAGCAUCUGAGGGAGGCAACCCUGUGGUUGGGCUUAAGGAGGUUAUGAGUUCAUACUGUAGAGGAGGCCGUAAGUGUGAAGAAGGUGUCGUUUCAAGCACAUUGGACCCUCCAGAGGGGGAAAUUUCAUGCACCAACGUAACACUUGACGAAAAAGAAAAAUGGAUUUCCACCCUAAUGGUUGAGGCUGAGUCAAAUUGGACAACUUCAAAACCCAAAAAGGUGGUGAACUGCAGCACCGCUGGAGAACCACCUUGCACACCACUAGACCAGUGGGGGACGCAUUACAACGAUACGAAGUCCCACGUAGUAGGAAUUGUGGGGGAGUUGGACAAGUCUUACAAAGAUAUGCUCAUCUGCGAAAAUCAACUGCUGCUGGUAUACAAAAUCCACAAGGGGUUGCAGGAGGAGAAAAAUCAUUCUGAAAUUAUUAGUGAAGGGGAACGGAUAAGUAAUCGGACACUCGAUGUUUUGAUUGAGAUGUCUGGCGGUCAUCGGUCGUCUUCCCUCGAGGAUGGAGUGAAUAAUACCGAUCUUCAGGAUCUGGAGGAGGCGCGUACUCUGUUCGCUAAGAAACGGAGAUGGAUAAUGUUACUGCUCUUGUAUAUUUUCGCCCCAAUUGUGGCAAUACUGAUCCUUGUGUUGGUGUUCUUCUUAAUACGAAGUCGGCGAAAGGCAGCCCCUGAGGAAGCUUCUGCAGCUGCCGUUGCGCAGCCCAAACUGUCGCAGCCUGUUCAUGCGGAUCCAUACCAUUCCGUGAAAAUGUAA